GCCUGCGAAGACGAGCACGAACAGGCACCGGACAAGAGCCGAGCGAUGUUCCCAUGCGCAGCCACGGCGUCCUCGGCCACCACUCCCGUCGUCGCCGCCGCCUCCUUAGCUCCUCUCCUCCGCGUCGUCACUCCCCACCCUCGGCCGCCUCUCUACCUCCCGCCUCCACUUCCGCCGCGGCUGUCUGCUGGCCUCCGGGCCCUACCGCGCGCCGUCUCUUCUGACGUCUUCUGGGAGGAGCCGGACGAUGGCUCCGGGAGCGACUACGAGGACGACGGCGAGGAAGCAGCCGAGCGAAGGAGAAGCUCGCGUUUCCCCUCCCCCUCGUCGUUUUCCAGGCUCGAGGCGGCGCGGCAGCAAGAACAGGAACUCUGGAGAGAAGAAAAGGCUAUCUUGGACCAAAGCGAGACCCCUGAUGUCACAAAAACUUCAUCACCCAAAUGGCAUCCACUUCAUAGCUACGAAUUCGUCAUUAAUCAUCUCCUGAGAAAAGGUGCAAUUCCCCAUGUCCAAGAUAGGGAUGGAGCCACACCCUUACAUUAUGCUGCUCAAGCUGGUGCCCUGCAGACCGUGAAGUUACUGAUUAAGUACAAGGUUGAUGUCAAUGUUGCUGAUAGUGAUGGAUGGACACCGUUACAUUUAGCCAUACAAAGUAGGAAUAGAGACAUAGCAAAGGUCUUGCUUGUCAAUGGUGCUGAUAGGACAAGAAGAACCAAGGAUGUAAGGACUCCAUUGGAUCUAAGCUUAUGUUUUGGACGGGACUUCAAAUCAUAUGAUCUGGCAUAGCUUGUCAAACUUAUCCCAGCAAAUAGAGAUUUUUUAUUUUACUCUGCCACAUAUUUGAGACAAGGAGCAAAUGUUAGCAGCCGUGGCCAUGGAUGAGUCUUCCAAUUGUUCCGGGAUUGGUUGUUCCUUUCAUUUUCAGAACACAAUUUCAUAGUUCUAACCGGCUAACCCUGAUUCAUGAACAACUUAUGUAGAAGACACCAUAUAUAGCUAAAAGCACAAGAAAUAAAUUAUCAGUUUCAGAUGAUCUUGCCCGCAAACUCCAGGUGACCUGACAGGUUGAUCUGCAGAUGUUCUAUUGAAACUGCACAUGCUUUGUAGUCUGGUCCUC